CUCGGUUUGUUUACGUUUUCAUUGUGAGUAAAAUGAAGGAGUACAAAUUGUUUUAAAUGAUGCGGGAUAAUAGCUCCAAAGAAGAAGAUGAGCAUGCUGGCCAACAGCACAUCAAUUCCAACAGCCACAUUACGCCAAUGCCCAAACACAUACCAUUCCCGGACCCAGCUUCGUCUUCGGAAUUACUGAAUGAACUUAUUAUGUUCUUGUUUUCUAGCUGUGUCGCAGCAAUGCAGUUCAUUAAUAUAUACCGCACAAAUUGGUGGUUACCACAAGUCCAGAUAACUAAUACAGUUAAUCUUCAUCAUGUGAAUCCACACCUGAUUCUGUUGAUUAUUGUGAUGAAUGUGAGACGGCUACUCUAUUGUCUGAGCCUCAAAGGCUUAUAUUUUUUUCUACCUACCCAAUGUCAGCGUAUGAGCAAAGUUUUCAAAUGCGUUUUGGAGGUGUUAAUCUUGACUCUUCCUGUGACCUGUAUAAUCAUGAUGUAUACCAAUAGAAAUUACUUGUCUAUAUUUCUUUUGGUUUACCCUUUCAUUGUUUACUUUUUGGCGUUUGGUUUGGCUUUGGAGCCAUUUUUACGAUUUAAUUAUGAAAUAAAGGGUGGUGCCUAUUUCAAUGGAUUUCCUCUGCAUUGCUGCUCGGCAAAUCCAAAUGGCAUUCGCUUUGAAAUUGAUGUUUUACGCAACGAUUUCAAUUGUCGUUUCAAACAAGUCAUCUUUACGUCGCUUUUUAAUACCUAUUACUCGGCUUUCCUCCCCUGUUAUUUUGCCAAUGCCGUACACUAUAAUGUUUUGUGGGCUGCCCAACAUAUUGUAUUAGUUUUUCUCAGCGUUUUCCAAUGUUGUACAGUGUUUAGUUUUCCCUCCAAAUAUAGUGAUAUAUUACAUCGGGCAGCACUUCAUUUGGGCUAUUGGCUUAAGAUGGAAGUGCGUUCAGGCGCCGAUAGUAAUACUAUCGCCUCAAACUGGAUUAAAACCACAUUAUGGGCUCCCAGCAGUACGGUAAAAUUUACUGGAGAUUUGUAUCGAAGUGUAGGUCCAGUAACCGUCGCCAUACCUGGAAAUAUAACUCAUGAACGAUUUUAUAAACUUUUCCAUAAUCCUUCAGUUAUAUAUGGUAGUUUGACGGCUAUUCAGGCCUGUAUUGUUCUAUCGGGAAUAUCAUUGCUCUACUAUGCAAUAGAGUGGCAUUUUAUUUUAUCCUUAAGUUUUAUAACAUUGACUAACCAAUUUACAUUUUUUAAAUUGAUGCGUGACUAUCUGAUUACUAAACGGGUUUAUUUGGCAGAGACAUCGGUUAGCGAUAGUAAAUUAACGGAUAAUUAACGACUUUUUGUAGUGCAUAUUAUAUAAGAAGUGUAAAAACAACAUAUUUCCAAAAUCAAUAAAUAAGACUGUUUAUAUAGAGCUAUGAAAGCUUGUAUGUGUUCCAGCA